AUGGUGGGCAGGACGAGGGACCGGGUCGAAGGCCUGCUCGCCGGCCUAGAGGGAGAGGACGCCGGAGACCACCUCGAUGAUAACGUCAGGGCGUCAGGGGGCGCGCGGGAGGGCAUCAGCGAGCAGGUUUCUGGGCUGAGCGCCCUCGACGUGAGCGUGAGCGACCUGAGCAGCGACCCGGGCGACCCGGCGGGCGCGUCUCGGCCCAACCAAGCCCGAGGACGCAUGAUGUCGGAGCUCGAGUCCACGUACAAGCGGCGAAUCGCAACGCUCGAGGACAGGGUACUGGACCUGCUCAACCGAAAGCGGACGGCGGAGGAGGAGCGUGACGGCGAGGUGGCGCGGCGCGACGCGCAGAUCGUGGCGCUGCGGCAGCAGCUGGAGCAGGAGGUUCGCCAGCUCAAGCUCCGGCAGACGGAGCUGGACGCGCAGGGCCCGUCCAUGCGGGCGCAGCUAGCUGCGGCGCGCAGCCAGCUCAAGGAUCUUGCGAUCAGCGACGCGAUGUACCAGGAGCUGUGCAAGAUCGACCCGGAGGACCGCCUGCUGCCGGACGCGGUCAAGGUCGCCGUCUACGAGGCCCUGCAGGAGCUGCGUGCGGACAACGAGCGUCUGCGGCGGUGCGCGGCGGUGGACCGCGAGACCGCGGACCGCGUCCAGGAGGACCUCGCGCGCGCGCAGCGCGACCGCGACCGCGCCCUCGCGCGCGCCGCCGAGCGCGAGCGCGACGCCGCAGCCGAGGUGGCCGGGAUGCGCGCGCGCCUGGAGCGCUACGAGCACGAGAUGGAGGAGGCCGUCGUGCGCAGCCAGGUGCUCAGCGCCAAGGCCGCGGCGUACGACGAGGUGAAGGCGGAGCUCGACGCGACGGCCAAGGCGCACCGCGACGCGCAGGCGAGGCUGGCGGGCGCGGAGGCGGCGCGCGCGGAGGCCGAGCGGGUGCGUGCGGAGCACGCGGAGCGCGAGCACGCGCUGCAGCUGCUGUCGGUCGACAAGGCGUACCUGACGCAGCAGAGCGAGGCGCUGGCGCGGCAGGUCGCGCAGCUCGAGGAGCGGCUGGCGCAACGGGAGUCGAAGAUCGAGGACUUGAAACGCGCGCGCGGAGACCUGCAGAGCCGGCUGCUCGAGGGCGAGCGCGACAGCGCGGCGGCGGUCGCGGCGCGCGUCGAGGGCGAGGUCGCGCGCAUCCGCGAGGAGUCGCGCCGCGAAGUCGAGCGGAUCCGUGCGGAGGGCGCGGAUGCGUACGCCCGGGAGGCGGGGGUGCUGCGCGACAUGCGGGACGGCGCGGUGGCCGAGGGCGAGCGGCUGCGCGCGCAGGUCCGCGACGCCGAGGCCGCGCGCGACGAGGCGCUCGUGGCGCUGCGCGACGCGCAGCGCGCGCGGGACGUGCAGACGACGGAGCUGCGCGGGCAGCUGCACGUGCGUGCGCUCGAGCUGGAGCGGGCGCGCGCGGACGCGGACGAGCGCGGGAGCGUUGCUGCGACGCUGCGGGCGGAGAACGACAUGCUGCACGAGAAGGUUCGCGUUCUGCAGGACUCGUUCCACCGCGCGGACGCAGAACACAAUUUGAAGGUGCAGGACAUGACGGCGCGGCUGCAGCACGCGGAGGAGCGCCUCGCGCACUACGACCUGCUCGAGUCGCACGUCGACGAGGCGAUCAUCGGCGCCGGCGCGGAGGGGCCGGCCGCGGGCGAGGACGCCGCGCUGCGGGCGCUGGAGGGCGCGGUGCCGACGGCGGUGCGGCGGCGCGUGAAGCAGGCGCUGGAGCUCGCGGCGCGGUGCAGCAAGCUCGAGGCGACGCGCGCGGCGCUCGAGCGCGAGCGCGAUGAGCUGCGUGGGAAGGUGCGGGAGCUGACGGUGGCGACGGAGGCGGCGGCGCGGCGCGAGGAGCGGCGCGGCGCGCCGGAGGGGUACUUGGUGCGGUGCCUGGAUGAGGCCGAGGAGCGUGCGGCGCGCGCGGAGGCGCGGUGCGAGGCGCUGGAGGGGGAGGUUGCGGCGGCGGGCGCGGAGCGCGACAGGAUGCGCGCGGACCUGUCGGGGCUGCUGUCGGACCGCGGGGCGAUGGAGCAGCUCAAGGACGCGCUGCUGGAGGCGCGGGCGGCGCGGAAGGCGGCGGCGGCGGCGCCGGGGCGGGGCGAGGUGGCGCCGCGGACGCCGGGGAGCACGGGGCGGCGGUCGGAGUUCGGGGUGCGGACGCCGCGGACGACGGGGCCGGGCGCGGGGCGGACGCACGCGCGCGGGAGGGCGGGGACGGUGCGGGCGACGCCCGGCGCGAUCACGAUCCGCUGA